AUGUUCGAGCACUUUGCGUUACGGCACAUCCCGCCGCUGUUGGUCGCAUCCGCCACGACCUUUGGAGGUCUCUGGCCCUUCUGGUCGCCGAAGAACGCCAUGCUCGAGUUUGGCCUACCCGAGCGCAUCGCCGAAUCGCCCGCUGCGCAUCCCGUCAUGGUGCUCUGCUCGGCUCGGACCACUGCUCUCGGCAUGCUCAUGUUCGUCUUCUACCGACAAGAGAAAUUCGCCGCAGUGGACACUGUCAUGUCUGUCAUGGGCGCGUAUCUGGGCCUCGUGGAUGGCUACGUCUGCUGGAAGGAGGGAAUGCCCGGCAAGGCUGUGUUUCGCUUUGUCUCGGGCAUGGUGAUUGCCGCUUGGGGGCUGGUUGGACUGACGGAGGAAGGCUUCUGA